AUGCCUUCGGCUGAGACUAUAGUUACCACUACCACAAUCAAGACAGCAACAGCUAUUACUACAUUAGCCCCGUCUCUUGAGGGGUUGACAGCGGCUUUAUCACACAAUUUUGUCCAUUAUUUGAACUAUUUGGAUAGGUUACCAGGUGGUCAGAUUAUUUUAAGGUAUAUUAAAUCGUCGUAUAAGAAUGAUCCAGUUAGAUCAUUAUUUGAGUUAGCGCUCUUCAUUUUUGCCGUUCAUUACUUUCUUUCGUCGAAGAAGAAGGAAAAUAAAUCCGACUUAACUGUAUUCAGCGAAAAGGAAAUUGACGCUUUAUGUAAAGACUGGGAACCUGAACCUUUAGUUGAAGAUCUUACACCUUUGGAAAAAUGGGAAUUAAAAUGUAUUCCUGAAAUUAAGGGACAUAAUGGAUCGCAUGUGCAGUUAUUGAACGAGCCAGGCUCUCAUUUGGGUAAAGUCGUCAAUUUAGCAUCAUAUGAUUUUUUGAACUUAAAUGAAAGCGAUAACAUCAAAGCAGCAGCAAAAGGAUGUAUCUCUGGUGCAGGUGUAGGUGCCUGUGGACCACCAAAUUUUUAUGGAACACAAGAUGUUCACGUCAGAUUGGAAGAAGACUUAUCUGAGUACUUAGGUACUGAGCAGGCUAUAUUGUACGGACAAGAUUUCGUUACUGCCGGUUCAGUUAUCCCAGCUUACUUGAAGAGAGGUGAUUUAUGUAUUGUGGACAGUGGUGUUAAUUUAGCUAUACAAAAGGCUUUGAUUGUUAGUCGUUGUGAUCUUGAAUGGUAUGAUCAUAAUGACAUGGACCAUUUGGAACAAAUUUUAAAAGAAAUCAAGCCAGUCAUAGAGAAGCAGAAGCCUAUUCGUAGAAGAUUUGUUGUUACUGAGAGUUUGUUCGCAACUACUGGUGAUUUAGCAUUAUUACCAAGAAUCGUUGAAUUGAAAAACAAAUAUAAAUAUCGUUUAUUCUUAGAUGAAUCAUUGUCUAUCGGUGUUUUAGGUGCUACUGGUAAGGGUCUUGUGGAACAUUAUAACAUUCCAAGGUCAGAAAUUUCUAUCACCAUUGGUUCCAUGGCUUUAUCUUUUGCAUCUUCUGGUGGUUUCUGUGUUGGUGUAACUCCAAUGAUUCAACAUCAAAGAAUCUCUUCUAACGCCUACGUUUUUAGUGCAGCGUUACCCCCGUAUUCGGCUAAAGUAACCUCUGAAGCUAUUAAAGAAAUUUCCUCGAAUUUAGAUUCAACCGGAAAAUCCAAACUUAUGCUGGCCUUACAUGAAAAAAUUCAGUAUGUUUAUCAAGAGUUAGAAAAGCAAAUCCCAUCGUCAUUCUUUACGGUAACAUCGGCUCCAUUUUCUCCAAUUAUUCAUUUAAGUUUAAGUCUGGAGUAUAGAAAGAAAUUGAAUUUACCUCCAUUUUACGGUAAUACAGAUUUGUUACUCACUGGUAAACAGUCAAAGAGAUUGAAUGAAUUCAAUCAUAAGCUUAACACGGAAUCGUUUAUACUACAAAAGAUUAUUGAUCAGUGCUUAACGAAGGCUGGUGUUUUGUUGACUAGAUCCAAGCAUAUUUUAGAACAUGAGAACUUACCUGUUCCAAGCCCGCAUCUACUUUUCAUGGUUAAUACAGGGGUCUCGAUUGAAGAAUUUAAUAGAGCUAUCUACGCUUUGAAACUUGCCAUGGGUGAAGUUUGCUCUAAGAUCCGUAACGAAAAUGAUUUGCUUGUCUUAGAAAAUGAGAUCAUAAAUUAUUGA